GUCAAAAAUUCAUAACUGCCGUGAAGUGUGAAGGCAAGUUGUGUUGUGUGGUUGUUUUCAUCAUUUUAAAACAAUAAAACUGCUAUAAAACGAAUACGUUUUUUCUCAAUGGCAAAGCAAUUUAAAGACACAUUUCUUUACUUUGCAUACGGCAGCAACCUGCUGAAGAAGCGAAUACGUAUAAACAACCCGACUGCAGAGUUCAUUGGAAUUGGCAGACUUGAUGGCCAUCAACUAGAUUUCAUGAAGUAUUCAGACCAUUGGAGAGGGACUUCGGCUACAAUAGUACCAACUCAAAAUGCUCAGAUACAUGUGUGGGGUGCUGUCUGGAGACUUCACAAUAGUGAUAUGCCAGCCUUAGACAGACAAGAAGGUGUGGACACUAACUGGUAUUUUGCUAAAUCUGUUGAGGUGUUGACUCCUGAGGGUGAAACAAUAGAAUGUCGCACAUAUCAACAAACUGUGAACCCACCCCUAAGAGAUGCUGAUGAAGAAUUACCAUUGGAAAGGAGACCAUCUAGUACUUACUUAGAUUGUAUAGUAAAUGGAGCUAUUGAAUGUAGCUUGCCAAAAGAAUACAUUAUACAAUUAAAGAAAAUACCUCACAAUGGGCAGGAAGCAUCACCUAAAAUGAUUGAAAAGUUAAACAAGUAAAAGUAAUCCAUAAAUAAAUUGUUUUAAUCAUUGAAUUCCAUGUAAAUCUAAAUUAUAUAAUGUAAAUA